UCCACUGUUGCUCCUCAGUCACUGUCAGAUUACAGUGUAAUCCGAGGGGGAGGAUACACAGUCAAGAAACUGAGUGUAUCUUGGAAGGACACUCGGUGUCCAAGCUUCCUUAAUAAACGCUACUUUACGUGCUCCUGUCUGUUUUCUCCUCAGCCGGUCUUCCGUUGCUGUCUCUGUCUGCUCACCGUCUUUCACUUCGUUAGGAUGUUAGCUGGCUAACUAGCAGAGAAAGAGUAAGGUUAACUACCAUUAAAUCGGAUUAUGUGAUAACGGCAGCCUCCCAUAGGACAGUCAUAACCAGGUAUUAAAUUCAGGACCAGCCACCUCCCUUCUUUCUUGGAGUGUUUUUUUUUUUUUAUAUAUAUUUCUACCUGUUUCUUGCUCUUCUGUGCUCUUAAAUGUUAACGUUGAAAAUCUGCUAGCAUUAAUGUUUCUGCAAGCUAGCCUGGCUAUCCGGCAUUCAACCCACAACAAGAGUCAGAGCUCCUCCGCUAGCUUCUCUUAACUAUCUGUUGGAAAGAGAAAUCAUACAAGAAUCCCCCUUCGACAACACCUGAGCACCUGGUGGAUGUGCUAGCUUGUCCUCGGGCUAGCUGGCAAGAAGAAGACUGAAGAUUUUAUUCUUUAAGACCUAAGCUUUCGGACGCAGAGAAGAUGUCAGGAAAGGAUAAAGACAAAGACAAAACGGAGAAACAGUCCACGACAGAGAGGCUGGUAAAAGCCGUGCCAUACCCUCCACAACAUAAGCUGAGUGUCAAAGAGCUGUAUGAAGAUGGAAAGCCCAAUGCUGAGGUGCUCCGCAAUCACCUGGUAAAAGAGGGCAGGUUGGAGGAAGAUGCUGCACUAAAGAUCGUCAAUGAUGGGGCCAACAUUCUCCGCCAAGAGAAGUGCAUGCUGGAAGUGGAGGCACCAAUAACAGUAUGUGGUGAUGUCCACGGCCAAUUCUUUGACCUUAUGAAGUUGUUUGAAGUGGGUGGAUCACCCAGUACCACACGGUAUCUCUUCCUCGGUGACUAUGUAGAUCGAGGGUACUUCAGUAUUGAGUGUGUUCUCUACCUCUGGUCCCUCAAGAUCAACCACCCCACCACACUCUUCUUACUGCGUGGGAACCAUGAGUGCCGGCACCUCACAGAGUAUUUCACCUUUAAACAGGAAUGUAAAAUAAAAUAUUCUGAGCGUGUAUAUGAUGCAUGUAUGGAGGCCUUUGACUGCCUGCCCCUUGCUGCCCUGCUCAACCAACAGUUUUUAUGUGUGCACGGCGGACUCUCACCAGAAAUCAACUGCCUAGACGACAUAAGAAAAUUAGACAGGUUCAAAGAGCCGCCAGCGUUUGGGCCAAUGUGUGACCUGAUCUGGGCUGACCCUGGUGAGGACUAUGGUAGUGAAAAGACCUCUGAACACUUUAACCAUAACUCUGUCAGAGGAUGUUCCUACUUUUUCAGUUACUCAGCAGUUUGUGACUUUUUAGUUAAUAAUAACUUGCUGUCCGUAAUAAGAGCGCAUGAAGCACAGGAUGCAGGGUAUCGGAUGUACAGAAAAAGCCAGACCACAGGCUUCCCCUCAUUAAUCACUAUCUUCUCAGCUCCAAAUUACCUCGAUGUCUACAACAACAAAGCUGCUGUGUUAAAGUAUGAGAACAAUGUGAUGAACAUCCGACAGUUCAACUGCUCGCCACAUCCUUAUUGGCUGCCCAACUUCAUGGACGUCUUCACUUGGUCUUUACCUUUUGUUGGAGAGAAAGUCACAGAGAUGUUGGUGAAUGUACUGAACAUCUGCUCUGAUGAUGAACUCAUGUCAGAGGGAGACGACCAAUAUGAAGGUGGAACCUCAGCAAUGCGCAAGGAGGUGAUCCGGAACAAGAUCCGCGCUGUAGGGAAGAUGGCCCGAGUCUUCUCCGUCCUCAGGGAGGAAAGUGAGAGUGUGUUACAACUGAAAGGCUUAACUCCGACAGGAACUCUCCCUCUGGGUGUGUUGUCAGGGGGGAAGCAGACCUUACAAACUGCUACGGUAGAGGCAGCUAAAGCAAAAGCCAUUCAAGGCUUCUCUCCUACGAGGAAGAUUCGUAACUUUGAGGAGGCUCGAGGUCUCGACAGGAUCAACGAGAGGAUGCCGCCGCGCAAAGACGGCCAGCAGCCAGACGGCACUACAAUCAACUCAAACAGCCCCAACAAGAACGGCACUGAUGGAUAGAAACACCAACAGCCACUUUGAGCCCUUAGCUCCUGAUCGUCUCCUGCCUCUGUCUCUGUCUCUGUCUCUGUCUCUAUCUCUCUCUCUCUCUCUCUCUCUGAAGGAUGAACACUCAGACGCAUCAGCAGGUUUUUAGAAAAGGUCAAAGAGCGCGGGAAAAAGAACAAACCAAACAUUUAAACUAAAUCUAGUUGAAGGAUUGAGAACAUUUUACUGACUGAAGUCAAAUGUAUAUCAUACAUGUAAGUCCUCACAUACACCGGUCAGAUAACAAGGAGAAUAUUACAUUUGAGUUGAGUAGGCGGAGCCCUGGAUAUUAAAAGUUACUUUCAGUUUUUUAUUGUUGUUCAAUGUGUUGAAGAAAUAACUGUCAGAAUAUUUGAAGCACAGAAACUGAAGCAUCAUUUGGAGCUUACUAGAUUCUUUAAGAGAUGAUUGGCUCUGGAGAUUAUACAUACUGUGUGAGUUAUAAGUGAAGUAUGUUUGUGUUAAAGAUACAAAAAUGUUGAAAUCCCAAAAUGCCCCCCGCUGUGAGGAGCAUAUGUGAACGACUAGGUCAGGAGAAUCUCCGGAGAAGUCCUCCUGUAAAUAUCUAGAUAUUAUCCGGAGUGCAGGUGUGAAAACAGCUAUUACACAGCUUGUGAGCUUCUCUCUUCUGUUGAGCCCUGCACAUAUUCACUGACACACUUUUCAUUCUGUACGAAGACAACAGGCUUUAAAAUACCCCCCAAUGACUUGUGUUUCUAAUGAUUGAUGACAUGAUAAUAAUAAUAAUUUAUACUUUAUUGAUCCCGUGAGGGGAAAUUUGUUUUUUACACUCUGUCUAGUGAACAU